CUGCCGUCUCUCUAUAUGCUGCAGCCAUUCACUUGUCUCUCCUCGCCACAACCUACUUCGAGAAUCCUUUACAUUUCAUUACAAGUUAGUAUCAGACAGGUGCUUCGGUCGAGGUGAACCAGAGACUUGCUGCGCUUACAUAUCCGGUACUUUCGGAAGUUGAGAACCAGUGGUCCAUAACAUCCCUCGUGAGUCACCGGAAGACACGGGGUGUUCUUUGGUGUUUUAACGACUUUGUUGCACGGUGCAUGGUUAUGCACAACUGUUGCGUUUCGGGUACUCUUGUCUAAGUGACCUAGGGAACAGUUUUGGUGUUGACGUCUUUUGAAUGGUUGCAUGUGGAUUGAUCUAGAGGAUUUGGAAUGUUUGACUUGUGAUGGACUUAAGUGAUGCUAGUUUUGAGAGGAUUACAUCUACUUUUUUUGGAUAAGUGAGAAAGAUAAUGAUCACCAGAAAUGUUCACCGCAUCACUCCUCCUGAAAGAAAACACUUCGACAUCGUUGUCAACGUUGGUUGAGAAAGCAUUGCAGAGGAAACCACCCUUUCCAGAAUAUGAACUUCAGCUGAACGUCUCCCAAUUCAUCCUGCUUCUUCGAUCCAACCCUGAGAAAAUACCAAAACCACUUCAACCAGACGAAGGCUUCGAAUCUGACAUCGACAGCCUUUCGAUAGUAUCUUCAGAUGACAGCUUCACAUCCGGUAAUGUCGUUGAAAGCAUUAGUAAAACACGAGAAACUGACAGUGCUAAUGGUUCAGCCAGUUCAGAUUCCGAUACUGAUUCACCCCCCACGCAAGAACAAGCUUUUCCAAAUGAAAAUAUUUACUUGAAUCCAAAACUCGAGACGAAAAAUUUCGAUGCUGUCAGGGAAAAUCAUAAUCUAGUCAACUGUAUAUGUUAUACCGAUGUAAAAUGUACUGAAAUUUUAGUUUUUGUAAUAGAAGACAAAGCUUUGGUGUUCAAAUUUGACAAUAUCUCCCUCUUGCAACAGUUUUACGCCAAAUUUGCUGCUUUGAAAGCUGUAAACAACCAAGUGGUUUACAAUCAAAAUAACACCACCACCAAAAAAUUCAACUUGUUACAAAAAACUGACAACAAUGGAAUUACGCAUAUUCAAAUAACCAGAGAACCUCCAAAGCCUGUAUACGUAGAUGAAGGUCCGAGUAGUAUAAUCAGUUUGAACACACCUGAGGACAACUUAAACAAACUCAUUAAUAAAUCUGUCCAGCACAUCAAGAGCUUAAACGAGUACAAUAAUACUAACACGAUAAACAGACGUUAUAGACAAACCAAUUCUAUUGAUUUAGACAACUUGAAAUAUAAAGAUAAAUCGGCAUCUGCAGAUGACCUCCUCGACUUGAAUCAAGAUGAAGAUCAGAUGAUCGAAGUAAAGUCUAAGAACGAUCUGAGGAAAGUAUGGAAUUCUAGUGAAAAUAUUUUAGAUAUCCAACCACAAAGACCAGAAAGAAAGAAAAAGAAUAAAGGUAAAGCACCAUUACCUCCAGAUGUUGAAAUAAAACAAGACAUAUUGAGUGGUCAGUACGUAAGGGUUCAUGUCAAAACAGAGAAUACUGAGCCUUCCAGAAUAAUAAUGAGAGGACAAAUCAAAGAACCACACCCAAAAAAACUGCAGAACAAUGGUAUGUUGUCGACGAAACCAUCGUUGAACACCUUGGUUAAGAACAAAGCAGCUCAGAUCUUGAAGUAUGCUCCCAGGAGAUUCGAAACUUCGACUUUGACAAGGAAUAAGACACCACCCCAAGAAACGUGGACCAAUUCAAUACCAAGAUUCUUCAAACAACCAAGGAGUAGAAGUGAAACUAGAGUAGCACAACCUAUGGCAUACAGAUACAUCGACACCACCUUGAACUAUCCAGUAACCUAUGUACCAGUGGCGACAGCUAACGGUAGAGUUCUGAAAUCUCACGAAGUUCCAUACAGUUUUGGUGGCUUGCCAAGCUAUAAAACGAACAGUAUAGGACCUUCAUCGAAUAUUGGGAAUAGGUUGUUUGGACUUUCUCCGAAAUUGAGGGAUUUUAAUCCCCAACCUCAAGAUUCCAUAGAUAGUAAAUGGAAGAUUGAAUCCCAGAGACCAAAUGGUGAAGGUUACUUGAAGAGUGUAAUAAAGAAAGAUGAGAAUAAAAGGAAAAACGAGAAAAAAGUUACAUUCAGUGCUUACACUACAGUGCAAGUUGUUUGAACUCUAUUGACUUCAAAAACCCUAUAGGUACUUACUCGAAAUUUGUUAUCCACUCAGUUUUGCCUUUAUCGAUUAAUUUUAACUAUGGAAAGAUAUAUUCAAUCUUACAGUUAGAAAAUCUUUUUAC